GUUUCACGCAGCAUGCCACUGUAAAGUUAUUUUUUCUACUCGAGAUGCAGAAGCAUUAUAGGAGAUUCUCCUCAACCCUUCAAACUCUACGUGUGCACAAUAUACCAUCGUGCUGUGUCGAGUAGUUGAGCUUCAGCGGGGGAACCACACUCUGUAUCGACGUCAUCAAUACCUAUAAUACUACCUACCACCUACCAUCCGAGGUCAAACCUCGACAAGCGCUCCGUCCAGAGAACACUAUUUCCACUCUCUUAGCAAUAUCCGUUAUUGACCUCGCUCGCUUAUCUCCAAUAUGUCACAAGCCGAGUUCGAGCAGGCCCGGCGGCCCUCCAUGUCCGAAAACCAAACUGUCCAGAACUCGGAUAUCCCAUUGAAGGAACGCUUCUUUCGCUACUUCCAACAUGAAAUUACUGCCUUGCAGGAACAGAUGGACAGACUUGCGGAUACGUCCUUAGUUGGGGGAGAACGUACUGAUGCAACCGAUCACUGCCUUGCGGGAAUUGCGCGCUUGUCCAACGAAGUCAAGGAUGCGGCUAGUUAUGUUCCGACUUAUGACCAGCGAAUAUAUGCAGAAGCUAUAAAGGCUCUGCAAGACAAACUAGCAGAGAUCCGAGCUACGGUAGAGCCGAGACCAAAAUUCAGCUUCAAAAAUAAAAAGAACACCCCAACUCCUGCCAUCUCUCUACCUGAUGCAGUAGAGGCGAUGGCUCAAGGCCAGCUUGGAGUCCCAGGAUACCCAUCCCCCGGCGUUUCUUCCGUUGGGUCGUCAGCUGCAGGAACACCGAACUACCCGAACACACCAUUGAACGAGCCCGAUAAAGAGCUUCACUUAUUAAGACCGAAUGCUCCGACCUCGCUUCCACCAAAGAUAACUGUCGAUAACGUAUCCGAGGGUCUAAAAAAGGAACAACGAAGUACGGGUUUCGCGGCGAGCUCCGUCAAAUCAGUUUCUGUAAACAACCACAAAGGAAUACACAUCAUGCUCCCCUCCUCAGGCUCGACUGCGUCGGUUCCGGCAUCCGUCACAUCAAUGGACCGCUGCGUUGUUGAUAUGUCCAUCCCAACAGCCAACGGACAACCCUAUGCUAGCCUAAUGGUUAAAAAAGCAAGCGAUACCCUCCUCCUCUGUGGUCAGAUCGAUGGACCUGCCCAUCUCACUGGCGUACGGAAUAGCAUCAUCGUGGUCAACUGCCGGCAGUUCCGCAUGCACGAUUGCAAAAAUGUGGAUGUUUACCUGAGCUCGUCAAGCAACCCAAUCAUCGAGGAUUGUGUUGAUAUCCGAUUCGGCCGUAUUCCGCGGGCAUAUCAAGCACUAGACCACGAUCGCCUUGACGCGGAAGACCGCUGGAAUCUAGUCGAAGACUUUAAAUGGAUCAAGUCAGAGCCAAGUCCCAACUGGAGCCUCCUGGGCCAGGAUGCCGGGGUUCCAGAGGAAGUUUGGACUGAGAUCGUCCCGGGUGGACCUUGUUGGUCAUCGGAUGAGAUUCUACGUGCCGUUAAUAUUCUGAAGUCUUAAUGGACCAUUACUCCCUUCUAGUUAUGCACGCAUAUGAUUUGAAGUGCUUAUGGCUGGAUCCUGGGUUGUUGUCUCACGCUUUAUGGCGUUAUAUUCAUUUCCCUGUCUUUGAUCUAUUUAUUGGAACAAGUGUGUCUGGAAUUCCUUCAGGCGUUUUUGAAUCUGUGCUUAUGGGCUGUUGGGUGGCUUGUAUUAUUAUAUGCAGUUUGAUUGUAGGUAAUGCAAUUCAUAUAAGUUAAUAACCCGAAAAUGAAAUGUUUUUAUGCUCAGAACUCUACUCUGAACACGAGAGCUUGACUGUUAAGGUUGAGGCCAGAUUCAUCGGCGUAGGGCAG